AGGGACCUUAAUUAGUUGUGUUUGUUCUCUCGCUGUUGUGGUGAUGAGAACUGAGAACCCCAAACCUUAUAAAACCAAUUUAGAUGCACACCAUACUAUAUAUAGAUAUACACCAAUUUAUUAAUUAAACCCACAACUAUAAGGUUAUGGCCAUUUCAUAUAAUAAUAAUGCAUUUAUAGUUAAUUGCUGCAUUCAGAAAAGACCUUCUUAUGUCUCAGACAAUUCUCAUCACCACAACAAUAUUCCACUCAUCUCUAUUGUUAAGCCAAACAAGAAAUCAAGUCUACCUGAAGUUUCCUUGCAAAUUGAUGUUCCAAAGACUAUGAAAAAUGUUGUAGCUAAAUUAAUUGACGUUUUUGUGGAUUCAUUCUUUGAAUUCAUUGACAAGCCUUUGCUUCCAUCUAAGAGUAACUUUGCUCCUGUGGAAGAGUUGGGGGAAGCCAUACUUGUGACUUGCAUCCAAGGACGAAUUCCUAGUCAUUUUCCAGAGGGUGUUUACAUUAGAAAUGGACCAAAUCCACUAUUUGGAGGAUUGAAAUCAACAAAUUCAAUAUUUGGUAAGUCAAGUCACAUUUGGGUGGAAGGAGAAGGAAUGCUUCAUGCAUUGUAUUUUCAAAAAUCAAGUAAUGGAAGCUGGAAAAUCCACUACAACAAUAAGCACGUUGAAACCGAAACAUACAACCUUGAAAAACAAAGAAACAAACCAUUGUUUCUGCCUGCCAUAGAAGGCAAUUCAAUGGCCAUUUUGUCAGCUUAUUUCUUCAACUGGUUGAGAUCUGGCAAAGCAAACAAAUACAUUAGCAACACCAAUGUGUUUGAACAUUCAGGGAAGUUUUACUCAAUUGCUGAAAGUCACAUGCCACAAGAAAUUGAUAUCCUGUCCUUGAAAACUUUAAAAAAUUGGGACCUCAGUGCAGAUUGGAAUAGACCUUUUACAAGCCAUCCAAAGAAAGCUCCAAUUACUGGGGAGCUAGUUACAUUAGGUGUGGAACCAAUUAAACCUUAUGCUGUGGUUGGAAUUAUUUCUGCUGAUGGAAAGAAGUUGGUUCAUAAAGUUGAUAUCAAACUAAAUAGGUGUAGUCUUUGCCAUGACAUAGGUGUUACACAAAGGUACAAUGUGAUCAUGGAUUUUCCACUAACCAUUGAUCUAAACAGACUUCUAAGAGGAGGCCAAUUAAUAAAGUAUGACAAAAAAGAUUAUGCAAGGAUUGGGGUAAUGCCACGCUAUGGUGAUGCUAACUCAGUCAAAUGGUUUCAAGUGGAACCUAAUUGCACCUUUCACAUUAUCAAUUCUUUUGAAGAUGGAAACGAGGUUGUAGUGAGGGGCUGCAGAUCUCUUGACUCUUUAAUUCCUGAACCCGACCCGAGUUCGAAUGAAUUUGACUGGUUAUCUCGUUGUUACGAAUGGCGAUUGAAUAUGCAAACCGGAGAGGUUAAGGAGAAAGAUCCUUGUGGUGACAAAGUAGUUUAUAUGGAUUUUCCCAUGAUCAAUGAAAAAUAUGUUGGUCUUAAGCAUAGAUUUGCAUACACACAAAUAGUUGAUCCUAUUGCAAGCUCUACCACUCAAGAUGUGCCAAAAUAUGGAGGUUUAGCUAAACUAUACUUUGAAGAAUCAUGUGAAGAAUUAUCUAUGUCAAAGAGAGAAAAAGAUGAAGCUAUAUGGAUGGAAUACCAUAUGUUUGAGAAAAAUACAUUUUGCAAUGGAGCUGCUUUUGUUGCUAGAGAUGAAGGUGUUGAAGAAGAUGAUGGUUGGAUCAUUACUUUUGUUCAUAAUGAAGAUACUAACACAUCUCAAGUUCAUAUAAUCGACACAAAGAAUUUUUCUGGUGAGACUGUUGCCAAAAUUGAAAUCCCUUGUAGAGUUCCAUAUGGAUUUCAUGGAGCUUUCAUGCCAAUCUCAUUCCAAGAUCAAUAGAUACAUUAUUUGUUUAUAUAUCUACUGUUGGAAAUUCCGUUUUCGUUGCACUUAGUCACUAGCUACCUAAUUGCGGCAUUUGAGGUGAAUUCAGACUCACAUUGCUUAGAAAUAUGACCUAUAUAAUGCUUAUAAAGCUUCGGCCACCUUUAUCUUAUAAGGUGGUUUUAUGAGAUUGAGCAGACCCAAAUCAAAUUCUAAGAUCAAUGUGUAUUCCUUAAAACUUGUGUUCAUAUCGAUAUGAAUUGAAUCUCAUAUCAAAGGGUGAAUUCAAAUAACAAAUGAGAGAGUAUUGAAUAUGAAUUAUUUUUAUGGCUUC